AUGGAGCGUUCAGCCAUAAAGCUGCUGCUGAUCGCAGCGCUGCUGUCAGCGGUCGUCUGCAGCGUGCGCUCCGAUGACACCCCUGAGCAGGAGGCCAAGGAUGCGGACUCGUACGUAGAGAGUGUAGAUGCCGCCGCCACAGAUGCGGCCCAGCAAAAGAUAUUUGCGACCGAGGACUUCCCCGCUGCCCGCCCGCCGAUGUGGCAGUUUCGCACCAUGAAUGAUGCCAAGUCGGUCACCUGCGAACUGAACGACAACGGAGUGCUCUUCAUCACAGUUGCACACAAAACCCUCAAAGGCGUCACCCCUGAAAUGAUCAAGUGGUUCUACGAGCACCUGGACGCUGGCAAAUCUACUCACCCCGUCAACAACAAGAUUGAGUUCCCCUUGACUGGCUGCAAGAUGCAGCCCGACAACAAGUGGACCUGCGAGUCGGGGCCCAGCAGCACCAACCCCGGAGUCACCAAGACCACGCCUGCUGCCGUUUGGCAGACGUACGCUCAGACCAACGCCACUAUGGACAUCAAGGAGUUCAGUGACAAGGCGAUGGAGUACAAGAUCAAGGGCUGCAAUGCCAAGGGCCAGUGUGCAACAGUGAUCAAAUCAAGGCACAUGUGGUCUGCGUCCAAGGUGCGCGGGGAGGUGGGUCUCGACCUCAUCAGCAAGGCGCAGGUGGGACUCAACCUCGGCCUGGCGCGUGGCAUCAACCCGCGGAUCCUGACGGCAUGGAGGAACGGCGAGGGCGUUCAGCCAAGGUGCUACAGGAACGCGUUGCACACCGUGGAGGAGUUCGGCACGUUGGAGCACUGGCUGCCCCAGGCGUUUGCCGAGUGGAGGACAAAGAACCCCACUGCCAGCGUUGCGGCCGGCGCCGAGUCCUCCGGUUUCUUUGGUUGA